AGAGGGGGUGGUGGUGUGUGUGAGAGAGAGACUCAGCAUCUCUCACAUCACAUGGGGUCUUUGGGUUUGGGGCCAAAGCAUCAUCACCAAGCAGAGGCACAACCACAGCGACAAGCAGACCUCAAUGAGCCACUGAACCACGUGCCCCGCCGCCCCUCCGAUAUGGACUCCCACAAGGAAAUGUCGGCUCCUGUUAUUGAGGGAAAUGAUGCAGUCACUGGUCACAUCAUUUCCACAACCAUUGGUGGGAAAAAUGGUGAACCCAAACGGACGAUAAGUUAUAUGGCAGAGCGUGCUGUAGGUACUGGAUCAUUUGGAAUUGUAUUUCAGGCUAAGUGCUUGGAAACUGGAGAAACGGUGGCCAUAAAGAAGGUGUUGCAGGACAGGAGGUAUAAAAAUCGAGAGUUGCAGCUGAUGCGUUUAAUGGAUCACCCAAAUGUUGUUUCCCUAAAGCAUUGUUUCUUCUCUACAACGACUAAAGAUGAGCUUUUCCUGAAUUUGGUCAUGGAAUAUGUACCCGAGACUAUGUACAGAGUACUGAAGCACUAUAGUUCUAUGAACCAGAGGAUGCCACUCAUCUAUGUGAAACUUUAUACAUAUCAAAUUUUUAGGGGCCUUGCUUACAUCCACGCUGUUCCUGGGGUAUGCCAUAGAGAUGUGAAACCUCAAAAUCUUUUGGUUGAUCCCCUCACCCACCAGGUUAAGAUUUGUGAUUUUGGAAGUGCAAAAGUAUUGGUCAAGGGUGAAGCAAACAUUUCCUACAUAUGUUCUCGCUACUAUCGAGCUCCUGAGCUCAUCUUUGGUGCAACGGAGUAUACAACAUCCAUUGAUAUCUGGUCAGCUGGUUGUGUUCUUGCUGAGCUCCUUCUAGGCCAGCCGUUGUUUCCAGGAGAGAAUGCAGUGGAUCAACUUGUAGAGAUUAUCAAGGUUCUUGGUACUCCAACCAGAGAAGAAAUUAGAUGCAUGAAUCCAAACUAUACCGAUUUUAGGUUCCCUCAGAUCAAAGCUCAUCCUUGGCAUAAGGUUUUCCACAAACGAAUGCCUCCAGAAGCAAUUGACCUUGCUUCACGGCUCCUUCAGUAUUCACCAAGUCUACGCUGCACGGCGCUUGAAGCAUGCACACAUCCGUUUUUUGACGAACUUCGUGAGCCUAAUGCACGUCUUCCAAAUGGCCGCCCUUUGCCGCCUCUUUUCAACUUCAAACAAGAAUUAAAUGGAGCAUCACCUGAACUGAUCAGCAGGCUCAUACCAGAGCAUAUGCGACAGCAGAUUGGUCUUGGAUUCCCUCACCCAGCAGGUACUUAAAUGUAAAGUCAUGAAGCAAGGAAUCAUCUCUUCUUCUAGUGGAUGGAGCAAAGCAAAAUCAGGCAUGUUUGUGGUCCAUAUAACAUUGAGCAUUUUGGCCUAAUCUGCUGUUGUCCCCCUUUCGAAGAUGUAUACAUAUACUCUCUCAGGCUUAAUGUGGAAAUCAGUAAUCCUGUCUAUGUCAAUUUUAGCCUAAACAUAUUGUCUUACUGCAUCUGUACAUCGUUUUGAUUGUAAGGAUUCCAGAAAGCUAAGUGUAAAAGAAGGUGAUGUUAUUCGAAUGACGCUAGUAGGGGUUGUGAAAGUCUUGCAGGACCCGGAGGGUAUUUAUAGUAGUGCGGCUUGUUCUUCUCUUUUAAUUAUUGUGUUGUUUCUAUUGUUGCCUCAGUUACGUUUUUACAAUUGAUGAUUAUUGUGUCCACACUAGGGCAUUGUUUCAGUU